AUGCGAAAUCAUUUAGUUGAUAUAUUGGGAGUUGACUUAGCGGAAGCAUUGCGGGAAGAAGAAGGCCAUGGUUGCGCAAGGAGGGAGUUGCGUUUUGAUAGUGAGAAUGGUGGUGUUGGUGGUGACGAUGAUGAUGAUGCUGUAUGUGGUAAUGAGGAGGGAUUUCAGAGUGAGCAUGGUUAUAGAGAAGAGGAUGAGGAGGAAAUUGAAGAGGGAUCAGAAGAUGAUGGAGAUGAAUGGGGGUCUGAUAGUGAGGGAGAGGAAGGGUGGUCAGAUUAUGAGGAAGUAGAAGAGGAGGAAGGAGGUGAAGAUGGAGGUGUAGGGGAAGGAAGUUUUACUUUCAUAACCCCGAAGAAGAACCCCAUACUGGUUAGCACAAUAUUUGGUGUGGAAGAGGAAGUACCAACCCCGAGUGUGGGUAUGGUAUUUGGUAGUUGGGAUGAGGUUGAUAGUUAUUUUUGGAAUUAUGCUAGGCAAAAGGGGUUUAAUAUAGUGAGGGCUGCUGUUGGGUUUGGCAAGGUGAAGAGUGAUUUGGGGGAUGGAACGUUUUGUAAGCAGAAGAGGAAUGCUAAGUGGACGCGUGACUGCUACGGAAGACCCUCCAGGAAGCGUAAAGUGGAUGUACUUAAGGAAGGGUUUUUGCAUGAUGAGGAAACAGUUGUGAAUGUAACAAUGUUCAGGAAGCAUGAGUUGGUGUCUAAAAAUGGGUACUUGGUGAACCGAGUGUGUAAUGCAAAGAAGUCUAGGGUAAAGGUAUCGCAGAUGUAUAGUUGUUUGGCGAGGGAGAAGAAAGGGGUGGAUGAGAUGUCACUUACCCAGAAAGACUUGGAGAAUGUAGUUGCUGAGAAACAAAGACUUGAGCUAACCGAGGGUGAUGUGAAUGGAAUGAUAGAUUACUUCAACAAAAUGAGUGCAGACAAUCAAAUUUUUUUCCAUCUUUGUAGGUUUGGUAAAGAUGGUGCAUUACAAGAUGUUGUUUGGGUAGAUGCGAGGUGUAGAGUUGGGUAUGAAGAGUUUGGAGAUGUUGUCUGUUUUGACAGUACAUACUUAACAAACAAAUUUCACCUUCCUUAUGCUUUGUUUGUCGGUGUGAAUCACCAUGGGCAGAGUAUAUUGUUUGGCUGUGCAUUGAUCUCUCGGGAGACGGAAGAGACCUACGAGUGGGUGCUGAGGACAUGGCUACAUUGCAUGGGAGGGAAAGCUCCUACCUCGAUCCUGAUGGAUCAAGAUCCGGCUAUUAGGAAAGCUGUGCAUAUAACCAUGAGUGACACUUGUCAUAGUUUAGAUGGAGAAGAAUUUGUAGCUCGUUGGAUAGAUGCAGUGGAGUACUGUGAACUACAAGAAAACAGUUGGCUUGAAGGUCUAUUUGAGGAAAGGGAGAUGUGGAUCCCAGCAUAUUUGAAACAUUUGUUCUGGGCGGGGAUGAAAACAACACAGCGUUCGGAAAGCUUCAAUCAUUUUUUCAAAGGUUAUGUUGACAAGAACACAACCUUGUCUGAGUUUUUGCUUCGCUACUGUGAUGCUAUGACCAUAAGGGUUGAGGCCGAAAGAGUUGCUGACUCCAAUACGACCCGCUACGUGAGGCAUUUAAAGACGGUCUUCCCUACGGAGGAGGUGUUCCAGAAGUGCUAUACAGACGCGAAAUUCAAAGAAGUUUAG